AUGACAGCACCAUCUAUUGAUAACGUUUCGACCAAAAUUGUACCAGUUGCUGCAGCAAAUCCUGCCGUCUGGGACGUUAUCAGGGAUGACGUGAAGAAGGUCAAGAUUAGAGACAAAGACUACAAGUCUUACAAACAAUUAAACUGCGAGAACUUACUUAAAAAGCUUAAAGCUCGAAGAAGGAAACUAUGGAAAAUUUUAUGGUUGUCAAUGUUAAUGGCAUUCGUUUUGGCCUUUCAGCAAGUCAUCGGUUAUAAACUUAAGAAAAUUUUUUCCAUUCGUUUGCUUCCAACGACCACCUUUUUAGGCUAUGGAAUAACAGUGUGCCUUCUCGGUAUUCGACUAUCGCCAUUUAUUGUUCAAGCAGACUAUUUAAUGCAAACGACAGGUCUUUUAAUCCUUGCCUAUGGUGUUUCCUUUGCAAUUUUUAACGUCCUUGCCGCAGCAAUAAUAGAACUCAGUGACUCUAUAAUGCUGACUUUAUGUCUCUUACCGUGUCCUCUUUAUUCUAACAUAAUUUUGACUUUUCUGGAAAAGAGCAAGAUUCAAUUUAAUACACUGACUAGUGUGAUGAUCAUAAUAAUUGGAUACGGCACCUACAUGUUAGAACCUGUACGAGAAGGUGAGCGCAUUCGGAAUUUGAUGGCAUCAGAAUUAAAUCGCAAGCGGAUAAUAGACGCAUAUGACGAAAAUUUAAUACGUCGAAGCACUCGUAAUAAAUUGAAAAUAUGA